GCCGUUCAACUCACCACUCCUGACAGAACUGAAUGCCUACGAAACCAGGUCCUCUGUCAGGUUGGUCGAUCUCCAAUGGAAACCCAGAAUCCAUAGCUAUGGUGCACAAGGUCACACAACAAUAUUUUGCCGAAUCGGCAAUUUCUCGUGGUGGGCGUGGUUACCUCGCCAUGGGGCCAGCUACGCAUACAGAUGUGUUUGGCCGUCUGUUGGCCCCUGAUCCCGAACAUCACGAUUUCAUAACGGGAGAUGUGCUACACCAGUGGGCCCCCAACUGUUCGUGCAACAUGCAACCCAACGUAACUGUUCUCUUCAACCACCUUCCCAUCUGCAACAUCUCACUGCUUCCGGCCUGGGUAUUGGCAGUGAUUAUUGGGCUGUAUGGAUGGUUCAAGAUCAGCAGACUUGGGCCUUCUGUGCCAGGAUCUAUAAGCUAUGCAGACACAUUCUUCAUGUAUGCAAUGAUGAUUACAUCUGGAUUCGUCGUGCACUCGCUAUUUCUUGUGGAGUGUGGAGCUGCCCCAGUCACGCAGCCAUUUGUCUACGUGGCCAUCACAGAUUCAUGUCUCACUUCCUGUAUAGCUAUCAGCUUCAUCUUCAACGGACUAAUCGAUCUAAGACUCAUUUCGGAGAAGAAACUUUGGAUAUCAUGGGUAAUCUAUGGCGUGGUUUUCAUCUUGGAGUUCAGCAAUGUUAUCAACCCAUCGUCGCUCUACACUCUCUCCAUCGCUGUUGCUUGUCCUACCUAUCUGCUCUGCCAACUGCCGAUACUGUACCACCUCAAUCGUGUAUGCCCCAUCCUCUACCUCAUGGCAGCCGCCAUUACUGGAGGAGUCAGCUUUCUUCUCUUCGCUGAAUACAUCUGUCUUCUCUGUUCUACCCUCGGGGCAUGGAGCAUUGAGGUUUAGUUACAUAAUUAGAAAAUUAGAAGUAUAUACCCAAAAAGCACAAAACAUUCUAGAAAAGCCAGGCCAAAGCUAAAACAAAGGGAUUGAUGAUUGAGUUUUACACAACCUUAGUGCCUGCACACACAUAUUAUUAUUGAAACGCGAGGUCCAUGUUUCAAAUCUUACCAGAUUCUCUCUUUUUUUGCUGAAUGCUACAUUUUGCUUUAUUCAGCCCCAGUGGUAAGUAACGGUGCCAAAACUGUGAUUCACUCCACAGGGUGUGUGGUACUACGGCUCAGACCUUGCAAUGUUCUUUAUCUUGUUGUACACCUGUGCUGUCAAGAAAAACCUACCUGCAGAAGCUUUUAACUCUGUAACUAACAAAACGCCAACCCUCGAGGCGAAAGGUGCUACUGACACUGGAGACUAUAAUUGGAUUCCAGAGAAUAAGAGGUAUUACAACGAAGUGCUCGACGACAUUCAGAAGAUUAUAACUCACGAAGGAUAUUGAAGCCAAAAUUGAAUGUCAGAACUGCUCUUAAGGCUUAAUAAACAAUACAAAAUUCCAUACAUGUGCACAAUAAGACAAUAAUAAGAUAUACAACAGUCUGAUUUGUGCAAAAUGGUGGGUGAAGUGAAGUGAUUGAUAAAGUUUUGAGGGUUUACCAACUGUACAAUACACAUGAAAAGACGAUGUUACAAAAUCCUAGAGUUCAAUAGUACAUGGGUUACUAUAGCGACUAGUGACUCCACCCACAUAGCUCACCCGCACCGCAAAGGCAUAGCGUUGUCCGACAGCAAAGUUAGUGAGAGUUACAGCCAUCGGUAGAGCCAGCGGCUUGAUCUCUCCCACCUUUCCCCACAGCGACACGUCAGGGAUAUUGGAAGUUCUGUUGCUGACAAACGCAUAGAGAUCGUAGCGUCUAACAAAAUUCUGCCACGACAGGUGUUCUGGAGAAAAGGUCCACUUUAUGACCAGACCUGUGACGACUUUGCUGGCCUGCAACUUGACCACAGGCAGGUCACGUUGCGAAAAGUGGUACAGGGAGGAGACGGAGGGUACAUGGACAACAGAUGGAGGGACAGACGGAGGGAGAGAAGUCAAGGAGGAAGCUGCGUUUACAGUGGUUCCAUGCGGCUUAAUCGGGGCUUGGAUUGGUCCAGGUUGGCCACGUGAACUAAGUACGGCUAGAUUUCCUGUUUGUGUGGUGGUAGUGCUUGUUGCCACGCUGUCUAUGAGGUGGUAAUUCCUGGUGCAAGAGGCGAAAAAAGUGGCGGUAGAAACUGAGCUGUUACACAUCUGUGCUGAAGUGCUGAUGGGAGUAGCAAUGGGGGUGGUAUUACUAGAGGAUGGAGGAGUAGCAGCAAGCAGAGUGACAUUUUCAGCAUGAAUAUUUGUUGUUUUGGAAGGAAUGGUAGCUUUGGUGUUUGUUGUCAGAGGAGCAUGAAAACAGAGUGGCAAGUUUAGAGGCAGUGCGAGUAUUGGUGGCUGUUGUGGGAGACAGACAAGGAAUAGUAGCUUUGGUGUUGGUUGUGGAGGUACCGGGAGCUGCAGACAAUGAGGAAGCAAGUGGUGUUGCAUCAGUAGAGACAGUGCUAAUGGCUGCUGUGGAACCUUUCGGAGGAAUGGGAGCUGCAACGGAUGAGGCAGCAGGUACAAUGGUGUUUGCAGUUGAAGUAGUGCAGGAACUGGUGAUUGCUGUGGAAGGCACAUGAACGGUGUUUGCUGUGGGAGUGCUGGGAGCUGAGGUAGUCACUAUUGGAACAGUUGCUGCAGGACAGGAAAGGUAGGAAAGGAGGGGAGUGAUCUCUUUUAGCACUCCUAUGAUGCUGGAUGCAGAGAUAGCACCAUUCUUACCACUGCUUCUAACAGUGACGGUAGUUACAGGUACACUAGCAGCCGUAACAGGUACACCUCCAAUAGAGGAAGAAGUGGUGAUGGAGGAUGGAAUAGAAGUUGUUGUGGCAAUAGGUUUAGCUGAACUCACAACUGAGCGUAAACUAGAGGAUUGAAGUCCACCGGCUGAUGGAAUUGGCAUUGCAACAGAAGCGUUAGAGACACGCGAUGUAGGCAAGGAACAGCUUGACCUAGUCUCAGUAUCUUUGCCAAUGGUAUUCGUGGCUGGUGCUAGACUAACACUAGGAGCAGACACCGUUGAAGUGAUGGAACUUUUGGCUGCACUCGACGCACUUGCAGCACAAGAACGUGGCAUCGUCUCCACCUUCUCAGCUGAUGAGGUCGCAUUUGCGAUUGAGUGGACUUCUUGAGCAUCUUUCCUUGUGUCCUCGCCACCUGAUGAGAACUUGUGAAUGAUGACAUCGUCACAAAGACCAGCAAUCCCUUGGCACGCUCCAGUGUUCAUUGUACUAGGAGAAGAAGCCUCCAUUGAGGAUGGAUGCUCUGCUGACUGUGACCGCCUGGGGCAGUGCACAGCAAGUUGCUUGGAAGUGUUGGCAGUUGUCGUAGAAGCAACAGUUGCAGGAAGGGCAGAGAUAGGUUGCUGAGUUUUGUUUCGUUCUGUAGAGACAUGUUUCUGUUGAUCUGGCAUGGUUGGUUCAGUGGAGACAUGAUUCUGGUUUGGUUCACCAGAGACUGGCUUCUGAAUCUGAGCUGGCUCUGUGGCCAGGACAGCAGCUGUUGCAACACCUGGUGACAUGCGAACAUCCCCACACGCAGCAGUUGUAGAUGUUGUGGUGGACAGUGUCGCUUUGGGAGUGGUAGUUGUUGGUCCCUGUUUGUCCAGUUUGGUUUGUACAGUGGUCAUAGGCCUCACAUGACCUGUGGUCACUACUAGACGUAUGAUUUGUUGUUUGUAUUGUUUCGCAACCACUUUGUGCAAUGGCACAGCUGGAUUAGCCACGAGGGGAAUAGGUGGCAUUUGUAGAAUCGGCGGCGUGGGAGAGACCAUAUUUAUGCUAACACGAGGUAAAGGGAGGGUGGUGUUGGGUGGCGGUGCGGGUGUCUGUUGUGCGAAAGGCUGGCUGCUUGCAGACUCCUGAACAGAGGCAGUAACAGGUGCAGCAACGGAGGACUCUACAGCAGCAUUUGUACACUCUACAGCAUCCACUGAGGACUCUUCAGCAGCAUUUUCACACUCCUCAACAGAGACAGUAACAGAAUCAGACCCAGCUUCAGAAUCAGUCGGAGUCUGUAAUGCCGAGUUAGCACAAACUGAAAGGGCAACUGCGUUGGGUGGAGUGCGCAUUGUCAUCGGAAGAGUAAGAGGUGUUACAAUGUUGGGAGAAGCAGAGAAAGUGCUUCGGGUGGGGUAGGCAUAAGUCAUGAUGGGGGAUACUUGUUGUACAAGAACACUACUCCCCCCACUGAACAUGGUUGAUGGUGCCCUCGUAUGAAGCUGCUGCGUGAUUUGGUUGACAAGCAGCUGAGCCAUGUGGAGGUCAAUGGCAUAGGUUGACCUUGAAAGACUGAGGGCACGAGCAAUCAAUUUUUGAAGUG